CCCAUUCCUAAAGCUGACCUGAUCGCCCGGCUGGAACAAGGGGAAGAGCCGUGGGUCCCAGAUCCCCAGCCCUCCAAAGCUAUGGGGAUCUUGAAAGCCACCUGCACAGGUGAUAGGGCAGUGAGGGAGAACAAUGAGGAGAAUCGACCACGGGAAGGUCCCGGAACUGUAGAAUCACAAGGAACAUUUUUGGAAGGAGCUGAAGGGGAUUUUUCCCAGUGUGUAGAACAGGGGGAAGCCUGGGGAAAUCGACACAGGGCAGAGAGGCAACUGGAGAACAAUCCAAGCAGGAAAGCAGAGGAAUCCAUUGAAUGUUUGGGAGGAUCCAACGAUCCUAAGGAAACUUCAGCCCAGCAGACACCUCUCAAUGGAAAAAAAUCCUAUGAAUGCUCAGACUGUGGGAAAAGAUUCCAUGAGAAGUCAGGCCUUAUUCUGCCCCAGAGAGGGCACACAGGAAAGAGGCUCUGCAAAUGCCUGGAGUGUGGAAAAAGUGUGACUGAACGGUCAUCCCAUACUGAACAUGAGAGUAUCCACAUGGGAGAGAAAUCCCAUACAUGCCUUGAGGGUGGGAAAAGCUUCGCUUUGAGUUUGCACCUUAGCAGACAUCAGAAAAUCCACACAAAAGAGCGGCCCUAUAGCUGCUUGGAAUGUGGGAAAAACUUCAGUCAGAGGUCAAACCUCAUUAGACACGAGAAAAUCCACACAGGAGUGAGGCCAUAUAAAUGCCAUGAGUGUGGGAAAGGUUUCAUUGAGCGAUCAACCCUUAUUGUCCAUGGGAGAACCCACACAGGAGAGAAGCCAUAUAAGUGCUUGGAUUGUGGGGAAAGCUUCAGUCAGACUUCACAUCUUAUUAUCCAUCAAAGACUGCACACAGGAGAGAGACCAUAUAAAUGCCAUGAGUGUGGAAAAGAUUUCAAUCAGCGAUCAGUCCUUAGUCUCCAUGAGCGAACCCAUACGGGCGAGAGACCAUAUAAAUGCCAUGAGUGUGGGAAAGGUUUCAUUGACCGAUCAACCCUUACUGUCCAUGAAAGAACCCACACAGGAGAGAGACCAUAUAAAUGCCAUGAGUGUGGGAAAGGUUUCACUCAGCGAUCAGACCUUACUGACCAUGAGAGAACCCACACAGGAGAAAGACCAUAUAAAUGCCAUGAAUGUGGGAAAAGUUUCACCAUGCGAUCAGCACUUACUAUCCACAAGAGAACCCACACGGGAGAGAAACCAUAUAAGUGCUUGGAUUGUGGGAAAAGCUUCAGUCAGAGUUCAUACCUUAUUAUCCAUCAGAGGGUGCACACGGGAGAGAGACCAUAUAAAUGCCAUGAGUGUGGGAAAGGUUUCACUCAAGGAUCAGCCCUUACUGUCCAUGAGAGAACCCACACGGGAGAGAGACCAUAUACAUGCCCUGAUUGUGGGAAAGGUUUCGCUGAGCGAUCAGCUCUCAUUGGUCAUGAGAGAAUCCACACAGGAGAGAGACCAUAUAAAUGCCUUGAUUGUGGGAAAAGCUUCAGGUACACUUCAAACCUUACUAGACAUCAGAAAAUCCACACAAGUCCUGCAUCAGCAAAUACCCCAGGGAAAAAACUUUUCAGAUUUCAUUAGCUGGUGUGUAAAACACUUCUAUUAGCGCUUGGGCACCAGAGACUCCUCCACACCCAAGAGAAAUUCUCUUAGUGCCCUUCCUAAUUCCCACACACAGAUGAGUGGCAUUUGACUCCCAGGGAUCCAGCUGUCCAGCGCUAGGGUGAGGGCACAGCAGGACCCAACAAUUAACUGGUCAGUGACCCACUGACUCUGCCUGGUCUGAGCAAACCUCAGGCAGGCAGGGGGGCAAUUGCCCCUUCUGCCAGCUGCAGCCAGAGCUGCUGGGCCGGAGGGGGGAGAAUGAAGAGACACAAACUCCUCCAGAUGCUCCCUGUGCCUGCCUCAAGUUCCCCCUCUCCCGUCCCAUCCCAUUUUUGAAAGAGAUCAUCUAGACAGCCACGUGACUUUCAAAAAAGCGAUCCACUUUUUCUAAAGAGAGCACACAGGAAAUCUGAACGCUUUCUUUCGAAAAAGCCCUGUUUGUGUUCAAAAGUGUCUUUUUUCAAAAGAGCUCUUUUGAAAAAAAGGCGUUCUUCGUCGUAAAAGGAGGUUCACCACUAUCAAAAAACCCACCAUGUUCUUUCGAUUUAAUUUCAAAAGAAUGCGAUGACAGUCUAGACUCAGGUGAAGUUUAAAAAAAAAAAAAACCUGUAGUCUAGACGUACCCUCAGAGGGGCCUCGAAGUCUGCUUCUCAGUUCAGGAAAAGGGUCUAAGAUAAUAGCUAGAUGGUUACUCCCCACAGAUACCAACUCAGGGUCAGGAAAAUGUCGAGAUUGAUACAUGAGUGAUGGAGAUGGUCUAAUCAGAUCAUGAGGCACAAGGUGAUUUGUGGUAGCAUGGCAACAUCAGAGGGCAACACAUCAGCAGUGAUAUAUUUGUAACUGUAUAUAAGGUGGUGUCUUGGGGUACAGUCUUUGAAUGGCCUAGGGAGGCAAUGAAAGUGUUUCCUUGUUUUGAGCCAUUUCAUUGUUACGGGGUACAAAUACAUAGUGGCUCAGUAGAGUCUAUUAACAACUAUUAAUGUACAGUACUUCGCUUCACAAUAAACUUAG